CAAUUAAGAUUAGAGUGCAGAUAAGUAGGAGUAAAACUAUGUCGUCCCGUAGAUCGGACAAAAAUGAUGGAUUAACGGACUGUUAUCCUGAGCCUUAUACCAAAAUCCCGCCUCAACCAACGGAGAAAAAACCAGGACAGCUCCCGCUAGAGCAAAUCAAACAAUUUUUCGAAGAGGGCUACAUUGUUGUCGAGAAUUUCUUCAGCAAGGAUGAGCUACAACCUUGUCGUGAUGCCAUAAACGAGAUGGUGGAGUUACUGGCGAAUAAGCUUUAUGAGGCUGGGAAGAUCAAACACUUGUUCAAGGAAUAUGGGUUGUUUCAGAGACUUACAAAACUAGAAGAAGAGUUUCCCGGAGCGAACAUCCUUCUCUUUAAGCAUCAAAAGAUACCAAAGGCAUUCCGUGAUUUAUGGUGCAAUGAGCGUUUGUUGAAUCUGAUCGAGCAGCUGAUUGGACCGGAUAUAGCUGGACAUCCGGUUUGGAAUAUGCGCACUAAGACACCGAACAGUAAAGCAAUGGUUGUUCCGUGGCACCAGGACAAUGGGUACUUUAGUGAAGAGGCGUACGAUCACUUGAUUCCAACAGCCUGGAUCCCAUUCCUUGAUGCAAACGAAGAAAAUGGAUGCAUGCAGAUGGCGAGAUUCGGGCAUAAACAGGGAAAGAUGGGAAACCAUACAUGUUGUCAUAGUGACACGUGGUUCAUCGAUUUGUCGGAAGAGGAGAUGAACACAUCUUUAGGGGUCGACACAGAGAAGGAUCUUGUGACUGUUCCAGUUCCUUAUGGUGGAUUUUUGUUAUUUAGUAACACGAUUCCGCAUAGAAGUUUGCCGAAUAAAUCUAAUGACGUCAGAUGGAGUAUUGAUCUACGUUGGCAAUCACCGUUCGAGAAUUACGGCUUUUACGACAUAGCUGAGGGCAUCGUGUUCAGAUCGUCCACUGAUCCGGACGUUAAAAAAGACUGGGACAAGUUUUUAUCCGUCGACAGGAAGGAGGUGUGGCAAAAGAAAUACUUUAAACAGGUUGUUGAAACUGAUCAUUUUGAUACUACGAUAACGGGACCAUGGAUCGGCCGCUGGGAGAUAAAGAAUGAAAACAAGCACACAAAGGCCUUCACGAAAUCUGUGAGCUAAGGGACUGUCACACACAAAAUUGUGGAUACUCUAAUAUAAGCGUAUGUUGGUGUCAAUAUUUUUGUUUAAGCGGAAUUUUAUUGCAAAUGAACAAAUGUUAGUUUUUAAAAAUAAUUUUUGUGUGCGAAUAUUUAUAUUUCCCAGGUGUUUGCAAGAAGUAAGCAUGAGAGAUCGACAUUUACUACAUUUUCAGUAUGGAUAUGUUGAAAUGUUGAAAUAGUAUACUAACAAAAUAGUAUUGUCAAGGAUAUUGGCAUAUUGUCGCCUAGCAACAUUAUUGCCAAACACAUUACAAAUACAUGUAUGUUGUCUAAUCAUUCCUUUAAUUAGUAUUUAUUGCUCAAUUAGAAACAGUGUUAUUUAUUACUUGUUUUAAUAACCAGCCAGUGCAAUAAAUAUAUUUCAAAAUUUUA